AUGCGUGGCAAUCAAAUUUCGAAUACGUGGAAGUGUUCGAGAUGCUUGGUUCAGUUUGGAAGUGAAUAUGCGUUCCAGAAUCAUAAGAAAGUGAAAUGUAAAAUUGAAGGAGCCGUUUUUCAGUGCGAAGUUUGUCCGUUCAAAACUGCAUCUAAAACUGGAUUGAACAGUCAUCAAAGAAGACAUAUUCGUGAGAAACAGAAGAAUCCAAUCAAGUGCAACUACUGUAGAAAAAAGAAAUAUUUCAAGAGCAAAGAGAACUUAUUGGUUCACUGUGAGUAUUAUCAUCCGGAAAAAACAGGCGAAAUGGAAGAAAUCAUUUCCAAAUACAACUUGAAAGUCAAAGAAAUCGAAGAAACAAAGAAGGCUGAAGAACUGAUUAGAGGAACUGAGCAAUAUGUGAGUUCUCAUGGCUCUUCAUCUCUUCCAAUUUCCUCUUCAUCUGGACUCAUUUCACUUCAAAAUUUCCCAUCAGGAACCCAAAAGCUAUCCGAUACCUUCCCGAGUAUCAAUGAUUACUUUCCAAAUGUAUAA